CAGCCAUGGGCGCGCAGCCGCCGAACUUCUCGUGGGUGCUCCCGGGCCGGCUAGCGGGGCUGGCGCUGCCGCGGCUCCCCGCGCACUACCAGUUCCUGCUGGACCAGGGCGUGCGGCACCUGGUGUCCCUGACGGAGCGCGGGCCCCCGCACGGCGACAGCUGCCCCGGCCUCACGCUGCACCGGCUGCGCAUCCCUGACUUCUGCCCGCCGGCCCCCGAGCAGAUCGACCGCUUCGUGCGCAUCGUGGACGAGGCCAGCGCGCGCGGCGAGGCCGUGGGGGUGCACUGCGCCCUGGGCUUCGGCCGCACUGGCACCAUGCUUGCCUGUUACCUGGUGAAGGAGCGGGGUCUGGCCGCGGGGGAUGCCAUCGCUGAAAUCCGGCGCCUCCGACCUGGCUCCAUCGAGACCUACGAGCAGGAGAAAGCCGUCUUCCAGUUCUACCAGCGGACUAAAUAAAGGGCCUCAGCUCCAGUCUGCGCCCCAGGCCCUGACCCCCGUGUUCAGGGGGCCGGAGACGCGGACAGGCCCUUGAAGCGUUCAGCCCUGCCGCUCCUGCUGGCCGGGGAGACGGGGAGACUGCGCAGCUGUUCCCUGCAGGCAGGUCCUGACUGAAGAGACAGGGGCAGCCACACUGGGGGACAGGGGGGCUCCCUCCUCUGCUUCCCUGAAUAAAUAACUUCUGAGAA